AUGCUACAAAUGGCGUUAGAAAUACGACAGGCGACACCGAUCCUUUUUACCAUCACAAGAAAGAAAAAGAAUCAACUAAAUCAAUCGACUAAUCAACCAAUCGACCAAUCGACCAACCCAAACCUCAAAGAUACUCGGAAAAUCCUUGGGUUAUUUGCUCUUAACGCUACUUCUUCUAGAUCAAAGACUACGAGCAAAGAAACCAAAGAAAUAGCCAACUAUACCUUUUGUAUUGCGAUUAUGCACAGCUCGCAGCAAACCCAAAUGAAUGGUUUGACUACGCAAAGAGGGGAUAUUCCAAAUGGUGAAUAA